AUGCAAAUGAAUAAUCUGGAGCCGUUCCCAGUCAGCGUGAGAAGAAAAUCCACAAAUAAAAUAGAUGCGAAUGAAAUUUUGAGUGAUACCAAAAGGCGGCCACUGAACCCCGAUCAGCAUAACAGAAGAACAUUUGAGUUUCAAUACAAGGUUCAACUACGCCAAAAUAAAGAUCAGAACAAACCGAAUAACAGUCUGGAAUUUUUCACUUGCCCAAUAUGCAAACUAGAGUUUAGCAUCCGCGCCCCAGGGGAUUUGUAUAUAGUAGGGGAGCUGCAGGCAAUCCUGGAACAGCUAGAAAUAAGUUCUACAGUUGACCAGAUUCGGAUAUCUCAGGAUGGAAGCUGGUCAUUUGUUGAGGCUAAAAAGAAAGAAGACGCAAAGGAGUCGGAGAUAAUAGAACUGGAGGAUCUAGACAGUUCUGAGGAAGAGCGUGAGAUUACGAAAAUCAAGUUGGAGCGCACUGCAAAAAAGGAGGCGUCUUUAAUUUCUGUACAGCGCUUUGAAGAUGAGGCAAUUCUGGAUGAUCUAUUCGAGCCAUCAGACAGAGAAAUUGAAGAUGAAAUUGACCGAAUAGUGGAUCAGGUAAUUUUGAAAGAUGGGUCUCGACAGUCAGAUUACAGUUCCUACCUCAAAACCUCGGCUUUGAAUGCAGAAAAGACACAAGCCUCAGAGCCUGUCUUUUUUACGGGUAAUGGUGACGAAGACGAUCCUUUCGUAAUUGAUUGA